CAACGCCUGCAUUCUAAUUUGUUAUACUUAUCAGUUCUUCCAGGGUUCUUAGUGUUGUUAUUGUUGUUACAGUUAUUUCAUCAUCAAAUAAUGUAUCAGUUCGUACUGUUCGCAUCCUUGGCUGCUCUUGGGCAAUGUCUACCAUCUUUAAUUGAUACAGAAGGCUAUUCCGGCUCCUAUGGAGGCUCUUCUGGCGGCUGGCAAGGCGCCCUGAGCCUGGCAGACGGCGGCCAUGACUUUGAGGGGGCGGCCAGCAGCUACGGCGGUCUCAACCUCAAUGGCCACCAGACACAAGAGGGUGGCGGCGGCGGCGGCGACUACCACCGCGGGGUCAGCAUAGUCGGCAUCGGAGGCGGUGACCAGAAGAACACCGUCUUCGACCUCACUAGUCAUGCUGGCGCAGGCCACAAAGGCUCCUACGGCGGCAGCUUCGUCGCCUCUGAAAAGUACAGCGGCGGGUCCGGACACGACGGCGGCGCCCCUAGCGCCGCCUACGGCGUCUCCGAGGAGUACUCGGCGGGAGGCGGCGGCGCCGAGUUCAGCGACGUGCUAGGCGCCAGCGAGCAGAUCGGAGGCGGCGGCCACAAGAACUACGAACCGCUGUCGGCGUGGUCGCUGGGGGCGGGACACGAAGGACUCUCGGCGUACCACAGUGACGGGGGGGCAGUAGGAGGGUACCAUUAUUAGGUUUUAUUUGACCACACAUUUUAUGAUAUUUGUCUGUUUCCUUCGAGUAAUUGAUAUUUCUUCACAUUGGAUUUGAAAAACUUGCUAAUAAUAAGUAGAAACAACAAUUAAGUGAGUAAGAUAAGAAUAGAUGGUGACUUAUUCUGGUCAAAGGGAAAUUAGUAGUGGUGCCCGCGAGAGUCUCGUUUUCGAGAGUCUUGCAUGGUCUCGUCUCGUUUUCGAGACAAGACUCGAGACGAGACUUUCAUUAUUCUCGUCUCGAGUCUCGUGCAAGACUUCUCGUGUCUCGUGCGAGAGUCUUGCAGGUG